AUGAAAGGUCCCUCUAUUAAUGUGCCAUUGGUGGAAGGUUUGGAACAAAUGCCCGAUUGUGCCAAGUUUAUGAAAGAUGUUGUGACCAAGAAGAGGUUGAUGAACUUUAAAACUAUCAAGUUCACUCAUCAAAUGAGUGAAAUUGUUCAUUCCAUGGCUGCUAAGUUGGAGGAUUUCGGUGCUUUCACAAUUCCUUGUACUAUUAGAAGUGCCGAUUUUGCUAAAGCUUUUUGUGAUCUUAGGGUAUAUUAUGAAGUGCCUAUCAUUCUUGGUAGGCCUUUACUUACUAUGGAUAAGGCCCUUUAUGAUGUUGAAGCUGAGGAACUCACUUUCUGUGUUGGUGAUGAACAAGUGCUAUUUUAUGCGUGCAAGUGUAUGCGGCAACCAAAUAGCAAUGGUGUGUGA